UCUCAUCCCUGUGCGUAAAAACACAAAGACGCAGGGAGGCGUGCGUCUGGUCGCAGCUCUGUGUCACACUCCGCUAGCUCUUAGAGGAGUUGGAUCUGGUUUGAUCUGCCAACAGACGGAAACAUCCACACCGCCUGCUUCGUCCUACGUUGACGUGCGUAAUCGUUUUGUGCUUCAGACCGCACCGCUGGAGAGUUUAGACUUUCACCGCAUCGCAUCGCAGCACUGAGAAAGUGAUCAGACCCCAGCUGGUGAGUGAAGAUGAUUCCUGUGCUGAUCUGUGUUUUGAUUUCUCUGAGUGCCGCAGACAACGACUUAGACACUCUAUACCCUGAACUGGAAGACUCCAGAACCAUCUAUGUCACAGAAAAUGGCCCUCAACUUUCGGUGAUGGCAGAAGAGACAAAGGUGGUGUCAAGGCGAGGAGGGAAUGCUACCUUACCUUGCAAGAUCCAAAGAGACCAAUCACUGGCACCCAAUCGCAAGAUGAGGAUCAAAUGGACCAAGCUGACCCCAGACUACCUGAAAGAGGAGGAUGUUUUUGUUGUCAUGGAUUAUCACAAGAGAAGUUAUGGCAGUUUCCAUGGACGGGUCCACCUACAAGGCUCUUCUCCCAUGGAUGCCUCUCUGGUCAUCACAGAAAUCACCCUGCAGGAUUACGGGAGAUAUAAAUGUGAAGUAAUUGAUGGGCUGGAAGAUGGAACAGUGGUGGUGUCUCUUGACCUUGAAGGGAUUAUCUUCCCAUAUUAUCCCCGCCUGGGUCGCUACAACCUCAAUUUCUACGAUGCUGUGCGUGCAUGUCAUGACCAGGAUGCCAUUGUGGCCUCCUUCGAUCAGCUGUUUGAUGCAUGGAGAGGAGGGAUGGACUGGUGCAAUGCUGGAUGGCUGAAUGAUGGCACGGUCCAAUAUCCAGUCACCAACCCCAGAGAACCAUGCGGCGGCAAGAACACAGUACCAGGCAUUCGCAACUAUGGCCUGAGAGACAAGGACAAGAACCACUAUGAUGUCUUCUGCUUCACCUCCCAUUACAAAGGCCGGUUCUACUACCUGAUCCAUCCCUCUAAACUGACCUAUGACGAGGCAGUCAGAGCAUGUCAAAAAGAUGGUGCUGAGAUUGCCAAAGUCGGCCAAAUGUACGCCGCCUGGAAGCUGCUGGGUUAUGACCGCUGUGACGCUGGCUGGCUGGCCGAUGGCAGUGUCCGUUAUCCCAUCUCCAGCCCCCGCCGGCGCUGCAGUCCCACAGAAGCUGCCGUCAGGUUCAGCGGCUUCCCCGACAAAAAGCACAAGCUGUACGGAGUGUACUGCUUCAAGGGCCACAACUAAAACACAAAACAGACAUACAAACAACCAGCGCACACAGACGGCACACAUAAGCAUGUACACACAAACACACACACACACACACACACACACACACACACACACACACUGGUGAGAGAAAAAGAGACAGCAAACGCAUCCAAACUGUGAUAACUUUUUCAUGGAAACCUUAUGACAUUACUGUCAUGUCAUGUUGCUUUGUAAUCUUGGACCGGAUACUCUAUAAGGGGCUGGAUUACACAUAUUAUUUAGUAAAUAGAGUGCUUCAGGGAUGAUGUGUUUAAUAAGCCAAUGCAGAUGUUCACAUCACACUGGUUCCCUCAAGAAAAUAAAAUAAAUAAACUAUUGGAUUUUACCAUUCAUUUUAUGAUUAUUGUUAUGAGCUCUUUUAAUAACAAAAGUUCAUGAUACAUGUUUUGUUCCCCAAAGAACAUUUUUAAGUUUAAAUACAAUCCGCAGAAGUAAGAUGCUAAUGUUAGGGUAUAAACUAAUUACAUCAUGUACACACAACUUUAACACCACCAAGCUUCCAACUUGUAAGACACGUAACUCUUAGAAAAAUCCUGAGUGUGUGUGUGUGUACUGAUGCAAUUUAUUCAUGAUAUUAAAAAAAAAACACAUACAGACUUCAGGGCCAGGGUACUGGUAGUGUAAAAAUACUAACUUAUUUCUUGAAUAUAGGACUCAUUCCUGCAGCACUCUAUGCAUUUGAGAGGGGUGGGUUGAUAGGGUGGGCUACAGCCAUACUGUCCUUCUAGAAUGGACUAGACAUGUGAAGUAAGAAGGAACCACGCAUAUAAACUGAGAACAAUGUAACAGCAAAAUGUCUUGGAAUGAUACUUUGGGCACUUAUCUUGUUUUAUUCAAGACCAGGAACAACUGCAAGCCAUGAAAUGCAGCUGAAAUGAGGCUUCAACAGAGGUCGCUAUUAGAUCCUCUCAAACUUGUCAGAUAGGAUUACAAGCCUAGCACAACUAAACUGAUCAUUGCUGUCCAUUCCUAACAAGGUGCUACGACUGGUACUUUGUACUUCAUCAUAUCGUCCAGCGUUUUUUAUACAAAUGUGUUGGACCAAAUCAGUCUCAUCACUAAAAUUAUUAGAAAAGGGAACAUCCAAAUGUUAGCAUUGCUUGUUUUCUAAGUAUAUAGAAAGUGAUUAUAUGAAGAUGUAUUUCUGUAAUUAAUAUUUUUUGAUAUACUGUCGAAAUAUUUACAUUUUUUAGUUUAUUUUAUGUCUUUCUGGCCAAACUAUCCAAGUCGCUUUGGUUUACAUAAACAAAAGUGGUAAAAGUACAACAAUCCACAGUCCUAAAAGAAGACGUUGAUUUUGCACUGAACAUAAAGAAGUUAUCUAGAAAAGAGGAUGAGGCAAACAAUAGUUCAUCUUAUCUGGCAAUAGAAGAUGUCUUGCAAUAUGAGGAAAAGCAUUGUGUUGCAGAAUAGUUCAAAUGAAGUAGACCUUUGUGGCUGCAUCUCUGUUUGGCUUCAGCUUCACAGCAUGACGUAGCUUCAACAAGAACACAGCAAAGUAGCUCUCAGUGUAAAUCGACACACUCUCCAUCUAGCGCCUUGAUAAACUGCUAUUUCCGAUACAAAGACUAGUUUCUUAUAGUGAAUGAGCAGAGCCAAAGCUUUAGACCCAUUUGUGACCCCAACGCUCUAAACCUAACUCUACAAAUAAGUCACAGAAUGUUACACGUGCAAAUCUGAGAGGGACAAUAGAAAAAAAUAUUAUUUUACCUGUUUCGCGUAGUGGGAUGUCUUUUAAAGGGUAUUUUUGUGUCAGCACAGAUUGGAUCAAAAUGUUCAUAUUGCUCAGAAGACACAUUUGAUCUUUAGCAACUUUGUCAACAAAAACCUGUGUUGAUUUUUUUUUUAGCAAAUCAACAAUAAAAAAAAUAUGAUUUCAGCAAAUGUUAAUAACUCAACAUAAUCUGAUAUGUGGAUGAAUGGACGUUAGUUUUUUUUUGAACAUUACAGAUGGAAUGACACUUUGUACUCUUGAUCGCUCAGCUGCCCAUAAAGUCUUCAGAUGAUGAUGUAGUGGAAAGCAAAGGGAAAACAAAUUCAUGGAUUAGGUGCACAAACUGAAAGAUUUAAAGGGAACAGCAGAAUCUGGGAUAAACCAUGAAAAUUGACAGGACAGCACAUCAACAUUUAUAAGAAGAUAAGCCAAGUUUCAAUAUCAGGGGCUGUGGCCUAGACUAAAAUGCCCUAAUUGUUUGUUAAUACAAUGAAUAAAAAGGGACAAAACCUGCACUCGAAUAAAAAUUGCAAAACAAUUAAUAAGGUGCCAGCAUUAACACUGCUUUUUCUGGGCAGUAGACACUGUUGAAGAUUUAACCUACUUCUGGAUGACAGGUAAAAUAAAUAACAUGUUGUUUUUUACAGAACAAACACUUGUGAUAGAAUCACAGUGUUAUGUACAGAGCACUGAGGCCACUGAUGGGACUAAGCCAGGUUCUGAGUGAGCAUGCUUUUACUGGCGGCAACUGGCAACCUGAUUGCUAUCUCAGCUCUGAACUUGCCGACCUGUCUCUGGCUCACCGUUCAGUCAAAGCAUUCAACCUGCAGUGGCCUGCUGAAGGAGACAGAAAUACAAUACAUUCAAAAUACCAAUAAUUACUGCAUGGAGGUCCUGAGGGGUUCUUCCAUCGGAGGGUAUCAUUAACGGUGCAUAUUGAUCUUUCUUAGCACACCCAGUUCGAGCUUGCACAGACGCUGGUUGAGGUCAUCCACCUGCGCCUGGUGAAGGGUGUGCAGUGAGUUUCCAAGCUGAGAAAACAGCUCGAAAAACAAACCAUAAAACUAUGACUGGUUGUUUUUACAUUUCAGUUUGAGUAUGAAUUAAACACAAGAUGUAACAUGUGAAUGUUAAUGGUAAUACAUAAAAUUAAUUUACAGGCACAGAUUGAGACUCAUAUCUGUCUGUUGAUGAUAACUACAGCUUAGCAUUGCAUAAAGACUAGAAAUAGAUGGAAACAGCAAGUGCCUCUAACGCUGACUUAUUAACUGAACUUAAUCAAAAUGUAGGUUGUUUUUAAGAAAGCUUUAGAGAUGCUAUAUGUUUCCCCAUUGUUCAAGUCCUUAUACAGAACUAAGCAGAUCACGCUUCAUAGUUCAAAAAGUGAAUAAGCAUAUUUCACUAAAUGUCAUUAAAGAUAUAAAGAAACAGCAAAUCUAUUGCCUUUAUUUUGUGUAUUGUGCGACUAACAUUUCUCAUCAGGAGCUAAGUUUAUAACUGCACCAUACAAGGGACCCAAAGAAAAAGGACAAUAAAAGAAUACAUAAACUA